AUGAUCACUGACGUGCAGUUGGCUAUUUUCUCCAAUAUUUUGGGAGUUACGCUGUUUUUCUUGGUUUUCCUCUUCCACUACAUCAACGCCAAUUAUUCUAGAUAG